AGUUUUUUUCCCAGCCAGACUCUCUGGUUGGGAGGAAGGACUUUCACUGGUUUCUCUUCAGCACACUCAAACAUCUGCAGCAGCAGCAGCAGCAGCAGCAGCUCCCAGCACUUCACACUGCAUCAUCUGCCGUGACACUGCAAUGACCUCACUCCGGCUGUUGCCCUUGUUGAACUCCCUUCUUCUCCUCCAAGUCCAUCUUUCCAACCAGUUAGAAGACAACAAGAUUCCUCCCAGUCUGUGUACUGGUCACCCUGGCAUCCCGGGUUCUCCUGGAGCUCAUGGCGGUCCUGGUCAGCCAGGGAGAGACGGGAGGGACGGGAGAGAUGCUGCUCCUGGGGAGAAGGGACAGCAGGGGGACAGGGGAGACCCAGGUGAGACAGGAGUGCGAGGCCUGACCGGGGACAGAGGUGAUUCAGGACUAAAGGGGGAGAGGGGGCAGCCAGGAGAGUGUGCAGUGGCCCCCAAAUCAGCCUUCAGCGUCAAACUCUCCGACGGCCUCACUCUACCACUCACUGCGGGCGAUGUCGUCCGCUUCGACAAAGUCGUGAUCAACGAACAGGGCGACUACAACUCAGAGACGGGGCGCUUCACCUGUAAAGUACCAGGAGUUUAUUACUUUGCUGUCCACGCCACAGUUUACCGCGCCAGCCUCCAGUUUGACCUGAUGAAAAACGCACACGCGGUGGCAUCUUAUUUUCAGUUUUACGGCAACUGGCCCAAACCGGCAUCUCUGUCAGGCGGUACACUGCUCCACCUAAUCCCUGGUGACCAGGUGUGGGUCCAGAUGGCUCUGUCAGAGUACAAUGGAUUUUACUCCAGCUCCAAGACAGACAGCACCUUCACCGGCUUCCUGGUGUACUCAGACUGGAAAAACUCUGCAGUGUUUGCAUGACACGUGCUUAUGAACAAAAGUCAUAUCCCACUUUGGGAAAUAAACCGCAACCUGUUUUCAGUUUUCUAAUUUAGAAGUUCUGGAUGAAGACAAGUGAAUAGGCUGCAACUUGGUACAUCUGUAUUUGUGUAAUGAGUAUAAAACACUCCAGACAAUGUUACUUGAAAGGCACAUACUGUCCUGGGGAAGUGUGAAGCACAUACACUGUUUAUUUGGUGUCUGUUCUUCAGUUGCAGCCUUUAAACUGCUGCAACACUUAAUUCUUGUAACAGAUGUUGUGACAACGGCCUCCAGCCAACUCCAGGCCACAAAUUCGAACAGCUUUCAUGCUUUUAUUGCACUUUUGUUUCCCAUUAAUACCUGCACAGCAAACAUGAAAAAUGAAUAAACCAUCGUAGUUUUUAAAACAAA